ACCAAAUGACGGGCCACGUCCUCCGCCCAGAGCCACCCAACUUGAAUUUGCCACUCCGAAGUCCAAAGUAUAGAUGUUCAAGAUCUGAAGUUGCAGUUCUGACAAAGACAGAAAAAAAAAAAAAGGAUCUGAAGCCGUUCCAUUUUCUGAAUUUCUGUUGAGCAAUCAGCAAUCCAAUCCUUCAGCUCAGAUGGGCACCUCGAAUUACUUGUAUUCACUCUUGGAGACUCUAGAAAAUCCAGAAAUCGAAAGGGAUCUAGAUGUUGUUUGGCUCAAGGAAUUCAGACCUGAGCUCCGGCUUUUGAGAACAUAUCUUCUGUGCGCUAGAGAAUGGAGCAGAGACCUGAAACUUUCAGAAUCUCAUGGUAACAGUAGUAGUGAACUCGCAAGUGUGAAAUCUUCAAUGUCUGGACUUGAAGCUGCCAUCAAUGAGUACGCACAGGAGUUGCGAUAUACUUUUCUCAGAUCAAAACGAAGCAGAGUAGGGAGUAAAAAUUUGAUGCUGAUGCUGCUGGAUGUUGAAUGGACCAUCAAAACUUUGAGGCAACAAAUUGGUGAUCUGUUCAUCACUUUGCGGAAUUGCUCGUUCUUACAAACCUUCUGCCGUCCAGUUGGAGAUGGAGUAACCGAACUUGUUGAUUCCGUGCUGAAGAAUCUGACGGAUUUUGUGAGAAAAGUAGGAUGUGACGAUCGGGUUCAGGUUUUGCAAGAACCAAUCAAAGACCUCCAUGACAAGCUGAGUUUCUUGCGAAAUCUAAUUCGGUUUGUUAUAUUGCGAGGUGUUGCUGGUGAGCAGAGACAGUUGGUUGAUGUCCUAUCUCACAUUAAGAUUGUGGCAAUAAAUGCAGCAGGCCUCACUUACAUGUACUGGGAUGAUGGAAAGGAUGGAGAAAUUUGCAACCAGCUGCAGGUUAGCAUUUCCGAACUGCUGCAGAAGGUCAAUCCCACUCAUGCCCAAGUCCGUGAGAUUUAUAUCCAAGUCCUGAUAGCUUCAAAUUCGUCAUGGUCUUCAUAUACUCUGACUGAUGAGAUGCAUAAUCAAUUGUUGGGGGAUACUGUUGAUUCUCUCCUUGGUAAUCUUUGGGAGCUACUGAAAUGCACUACCAGUUUAAUGGCUUCUAGGAUGGAUCAAAUCAGUGCAGUAUGGGAGGGACUGAGAUUCUUGAGAACCAUUAUCAAAAACCAGCAACAGAAGUUUGGUCAGAUGUAUGAAAAGGUGAAGGAGAUUGUUCCGGCUGCAGUCAAUGAGGCAGGAUUUGUAAUGUCCUCACUGUAUAUGCAUGAAAUGGAAGUGGAUCUUCUGAUCUUUCCUUUGCAAGACAAGAUUAGGAUUAUCGAGGCAGAACUUGCAGCUAAUUCUACAGAAGCGGCAGCAUUUGAUUCUCCGAGUAUCAUGGUAGAAGAGUUUAAGCGUGGUAAAGCGGGGCUUUUGGAGAUUAAUAACAAUGAGCACAGUUCUGAAGCCCUGAAAGCUGCCAAACUUUCAACUGUGUUGCGGUCACAAGGGACACCCUCCAUGUUCAAUCAAGAAGUGGUGGGAUACAAAGAUGAGGCAGAACAGUUAAUCUGUCAACUUACCAGAGGAUCAAAACAGUUGGACAUUGUGUCUAUUGUUGGCAUGCCAGGACAGGGUAAGACAACUUUAGCUAACAAAGUCUACCGUGAUGCUUUAAUUACAUGCCAUUUCCAUGUUCGUGUUUGGUGCUGUAUUUCUCAAGUAUAUCAAAAGCGAGAUGUGUUAUUGGAGAUUUUGGCUUGUAUUGAGCCUGAGAGGUUUGAUUGGGGUAUGAUGCAUGAAGAUGAUCUUGCUGAAGUUUUGUACAGAAGUUUGAAGGGAAACAGGUAUCUCCAAGUUUUGGAUGACAUUUGGGACAUUAAGGCAUGGAAUUGUCUGGAAAGAUCAUUCCCAAAUGAUGCUAAUGGAAGUAGAAUUCUUUUAACGAGCCGAAUUCAUAACUUAGCUUUGGAAGCCAAACCAACGGCUAAAUCUCUCCCUCUUCGCCAACUCACUGACGAUGAGAGCUGGGAAUUAUUACAGAAGAAGCUAGCAGAAAGAAACGGCCAUCCUCCAGUGAAAAGUGUUUUGGGGCGGCAUAUAGCUAAAGGUUGUAAAGGACUACCUUUAACAAUUGUCAUCAUAGCAGGAGUUCUUGCAACUUUAGACCAAGAUGGUUGGGAAGAAGUGGCAGAGAUGCUAAGCUCAAAAGUUGUUUGCGGUACAGAACAAUGCAUGGAUAUAUUAGAGUUGAGCUACAUACAUUUACCAAAGCAUUUGAAGCCAUGCUUUCUUUACUUUGGGGCAUUUCUAGAAAACCAAGAAAUUCCUAUCUGGAGGUUGAUGCGGAUGUGGAUAGCGGAAGGAUUCGUACACAAGACUGACCUAAAGAGCCUGGAGGACACUGCUGAGGACUAUAUAAUGGAUCUAAUUGGUAGAAGCUUGGUUAUCGUUAGUAAACAGAAAUCCACAGGUACAGUGAAAGCUUGCCGCAUUCACGAUUUGCUUCACGAAUUUUGUGUGACAAAAGCUAAAGAGCAGAAAUUUAUCAAGUUGAGGCAUUGUUAUGCUGAAAUUCUUAAUUUUGAUGAGCCAAGCAGCACCCAUCGAUUGUUUGUUUACACCAAUGGGGAGAACUUUGAGAGGUCAAGGCUGUUUUGUCCCCUUCUACGUACUCUCUUGGUCUCUGCUCAAUCUCACGAACCUAAAAUUCAAAGCAAUUUCCAUUUCGUUGUUCGGAUUUUCAAACUUCUUGGAGUGUUGGAUUUUGUGAAAAUUAAUCUGGGUUCCAUUUUUCCUGGCGAAAUAGCAUUGCUUGUUCAGUUAAAAUUCUUGGCAGUUCGAGGCACCAUGAAAUAGCCAACCUCUCAAAAUUGGAAACUUUUGUUCUAGAAUCAUGGCAUCAUAGUCUUUCAUUGCCUGAUAGUAUUUGGAAUAUGCAGACAUUGAGGUAUCUACAUGCACGUGGCAGCUUUUUUAAUCUUAGUUUGGCAAAAGACAAUGAUGAUAGCUCCUCAGAUUUAUAUAAUUUGCACACAUUUUCAGCUCUAAAACUUAUAUUGGGACAAAACGUGAACAAAAUAAUCGCCAAGUUUCCAAAUAUCUGCAAACUAAAAUGCAGAUUCAAGGAACAAAAGAAUCAGUUGGGGAAUGGAGCAAGAUUGUGGUAAUGGACUUUCUGACACGACUGGAGUCUCUGAACCUGUCAUUUGGUCUUGUGGAUGAGAAUCCUUUUGAGUUCCAUUUGCCCUUAAAUCUGAAAAAAGUUGACUUUGAAGAAAUUUCCAUGGAGUAUAAUUUCCACAACUCGAAAACUUCCUAAUCUUCAAGUGCUCAAGUUAGUGGGUGCAAAAAGAGGUGGGACGGAAAUAUGGAACAUGGAAGAAGGGGAAUUCCCUAAACUCAGGUUUCUAAAAUUGGUUUCCUUGCGCAUUGUGAGAUGGACAGGCUCAGGUGAUCAUCUUCCUUGUCUUCAGAAAUUAGUCAUGGAACGCUGUGGAAAAUUGGAAGAGCUCCCUUCAUGUUUAGGGUAUAUUCCGACUCUUGAAAAGAUUGAGGUGCGUCAGUGUCGACCCUUUGUACGAAGUUUAGUCCACGAGAUAGGGGAAGAACAGAUGAGAGGGGGAAAUGAGGAUCUGAAGAUCCUUAUCUUAGAGGAGAUUGAGGAUUCAUCUUCAUCAGAUUCAGUUGAUGGGAGAUAUGUUCUUUUGUAGGAGGAGCGCAAAAUCAAUUGUGGCAGAAGCUUGUGAAUUUCAGACAUGUCUCUGAGUUUCACUAGAGGUUUGCUCGCUGUCCCAAAAUGUUGGAGCAGGGCAUUUAUUAUCGCUUUUCUGGUAACUAGAUGGGCAUUGUCUAGGUUUCUACUUUAGGUGAUGAGUAAUACUGAUAAACUUAUUAGCCUUUCUUUCCCUUUGUUACAGGUAGUUUGAGUUUCUCUAUAUUUGAUGGUCGAUGACAUGCAGAGCUAUGUAUAUGAGCUAAAUAUUGUACGAAAUUUUCUGGCUCAUUCGUCAGAUAAGUCCUUAAUAGACAUGAUGCUAAUUUGCUCAAGUGAUUUGAUACUAAAUGAAAUCCAUCUCUGAAGAACUAGUGACAAAAACUUUCAGAGAACCUUAUUUGAUAACCCAAGAAUUCAGGCUUGCUUCUCCAAGUCCAAUUUGACUAAUUUAUUUUGCUGUGAGGCCUGUAGAA